CAAUAACCUAGUCAAUCUGCCCCCCCUCCCCCUGCCCCACUCACACAAUCCAAAAUGGCAGCGACCGUCGGGAGACUCCUCCGGACCUCUGCAAAGGUUGCAGCAGGAGGAUUAAAGGUCACAGCAGCCGGUCAACAUGGAGCAUCUGGGGCUGCACGAAUCCUCUCCGCUCCGGCGCUCCAGAGAAGCUGUUUCUCUACCGGCACUUCCAGAUGGAGCCCCGCUGUCACUCAGCCGGCUCCUGCCUUCAAGGCCACAGCUGUCCACGAUGGGGAGUUUAAGGAGAUGAGCCUCGCUGAUUUCAAGGGCAAAUACCUGGUCCUCUUCUUCUACCCGCUGGAUUUCACCUUUGUGUGUCCAACGGAGAUCAUCUCAUUCAGCGACAAGGCCAGCGAGUUCCACGACAUAAACUGUGAAGUCGUGGGCGUGUCUGUGGACUCCCACUUCGCCCACCUGGCAUGGAUCAACACGCCACGCAAGACUGGAGGCUUGGGCAACAUCCACAUCCCCCUUCUGUCUGACCUCAACAAGCAGAUCUCUAGAGACUAUGGGGUGCUGCUGGAGGGGCCAGGCAUUGCACUUCGGGGCCUGUUUGUCAUCGAUCCUCACGGUGUGGUGAGACACAUGAGUGUGAACGACCUCCCAGUAGGUCGUUGUGUAGAAGAGACGCUUCGUCUGGUUAAGGCCUUCCAGUUCGUGGAGACCCACGGGGAGGUGUGUCCGGCCAGCUGGACCCCCGAGUCCCCAACGAUCAAACCGACCCCAGAAGGAUCCAAGGAGUACUUUGAUAAAGUCAACUGAAGAAGCUCACAACUCGUAACACCUACAAAUCUAUUUACUAUUGGUGUAUAGUUUAUACAUUGUAUGUCCUUGUGUACAGCUGAAGUCACUAAUAAAUCCAUUAUUUGUAAAUGGCA